AUGCCGGGAGUAACAAUGGUUGCUUCGCGAGGAGCUAACCCGAGCUCGCUCUGUCGCUCUCGCAUCCUUCUCUCGUCCCCACGUAUUGUUCCUUCUUCGGCUCGUUUUCUGUCAUUCAAAUGUCAUUCGAUUACUCCCUACAAUGGCCGACCCUCGGCACAUAACAGCGCUUCGACAUCACAUCUGCUAUGCAAGGUGGCCACCAACCAGUCAUCCUCCUCCUCAUUCUCGACAUCCUCACCUUCGCUGUUACCCGACAACUGGGAUGAGAAUCCGAACUUGUCAAUUACCAAUUUCUCGGAACUUCCCUCCAAAGACUUCGGAGUCAACCAGCACAUGAUCAUAAACCAAGAUUUCAAGGAGGCAUUGCGAAUGAUCCUUUGGCAAUUCAAAGCACCAAUUCGAUACGCAUUUGCCUAUGGAUCGGGUGUCUUUCCACAGAAUGGCAGCGGAGCUCCGUCCAGCUCACUGCACCCUUCGGCACCCACAGCCAUCCAAAAUAUGCAAAAAGGCUCCGGGAAGAUGAUUGACUUCAUUUUCGGAGUGUCAUACUCCCAGCAUUGGCAUGAUCUCAAUCUAAACCAACACCGUGAUCAUUACUCUGGAUUGGGCUCACUGGGGUCGUACACGGUCUCCCAAGUACAGGACCGCUUCGGCGCGGGUGUCUACUUCCAUCCUUAUAUCACCGUGAACGGGACAAUGAUCAAAUAUGGUGUCGUGAACCUGGAUACGUUAUGUCGAGACCUCACCCAAUGGGACACCAUGUAUCUCGCCGGUCGUCUGCAUAAGCCCGUCAAGAUCUUGCGGGACCACCCCAAGGUGCGAUUGGCCAACCAGAUGAACUUGCUGUCUGCUUUGCGAGUCGCACUGCUCUUACUGCCAGAAAGAUUCAGUGAGUUUGAGUUAUACAGCACAAUCGCAGGUAUGAGCUAUAUGGGAGAUCUGCGCAUGGCCCUCCCGGCCGAAGACCCCGGCAAAGUGCGAAAUAUUGUUUCAGGACAAAUGGCGCACUUCCGCCGGCUCUACGCGCCCCUCAUCGAGAAUCUGCCCAAUGUCACUUUCCAGGACCCCCGCUGCAGCAACGAGGAUUGGAUCGAUGACCCGAACGCCAUCUUAGCCAUGGCGCAAGACAUGGAUCCGGUGAUGCGUGGUAACAUGGUCCGCCGUCUGCCUGAAUCUUUCCGGCAAAAGUUGUACUUCCAGUACCAGUCUCGCUUUGGGAUCCCCAGAGCUGAUUUUAAUAAGAUGAUGCAAGAGAGCAAGGAUUCGGACGAGGUUCUUCGCCGGCCUGAAGGCGGUUCGUUUGAGCGACGGAUUGCUGGAGAUGGUGACCUUCAAGAGGAGGUCUCCAAGUCCAUUGAGAAGACAAUCCGCUGGCCGAGCACUGUCCAGACUAUCAAGGCACCGUUCACGGCCGGCCUUGGUAAGAGUUGGACUUACCUUAUGGAGAAACGCGAUAAGCACAGAAAAUCUCAGAUGGCAGCAGCUUCAGCACUUGAAACCCCCCCUGGGGCGAAGAAGCCUACCCAAGCACCGAAGUCAUCAGAGCCGAAGGAGACAAAGGAGGAAUAG